AUGUCGAAAUGCUUCACUGUCGACUCGAAGGUAUCUCUGCCAGAAUAUGAGCAGGCUAUGAAAGACGUUGCAGAGACCGAGUUCCUCAUUCUGAAGCCGAAAAACGGUGGUGAAGUGUUGGUGUCUCGCAAGCGCGACAUCAUAUUUCACUGGCAACACUACGAGAGCUUGUACCAUAUGGUGGACUUCUAUUUCGUUGAGGCCCGUUGGGUCGAAGUCUCCGUGCAUAGAAAUGACAUGGAUACUUCGAUGCAAAUCAAGCGGACACUCGGCGGGCGAGUCGACCGUGACAGACCUGCCUUGGAAGCUCUCCUUAGGGUCCAAGCUCAGAGAAUUCUGGCCAACAGUGCAUUCAAGGCCUCCGCUUUGGCGCCGUCAUCUCAGGAGGGAUCCACUGAGUACACCAUGAAGUUGAAACCGGGCACUACGUUGUAA